CGCAUUGCGCGAUAUACCUCGGUCCUAUUCGUCACGUAGAACCAUAAUGGCUGCACUGAGAGAUUUUCUGGCCAAUUUCAAGAAAGUUCCACUCACUAUGAAGGAAAUGUUUGAGAAAAACCCUAAAAGGUUCACAGAGUUAAGGUAAGUAUUUGACUGCUUCUGAUUUGUCAGUCAAGUGCUAAAUCUUGCACAUGGUAAUAUUUUGCUGGACUAUUCUAAGAACUUGAUUGACACUGAUACUUUUAACAAACUCAUCCAGUUGGUGAGUAUUUGUGUGACAAUUUAUUGCUCAGGCCAAAGACAGUCAUGUCGAAAAACUACGGGACGCGAUGUUUGCCGGGGAAAAGAUCAACUUCACCGAAAAUCGUGCCGUACUCCAUAUUGCACUUAGGAAUCGCUCAAACGUCCCAAUACUUGUUGACGGAAAGGAUGUAAGUCUCUGUUCUUAAGGUUAUCGCUUUCUAGGUAAUGCCUGGCGUGAACGCGGUGUUGAACCAUAUGAAAGAUUUCUGCGGUCGGGUCAUCUCUGGUUCCUGGAAAGGCUAUACCGGCAAAGCGAUCACGGAUAUCGUCAAUAUCGGUAUUGGAGGGUCUGAUCUGGGUCCUGUCAUGGCAACAGAAUGUCUAAAACCAUACGCGAACCAUCUACGUGUGCACUUUGUGUCCAACAUUGACGGAACCCACAUGGCUGAAACGCUGAAAAAACUAAACCCUGAAACCACCCUGUUCAUCAUUGCAUCAAAGGAAGUUCAUGUGGCGAAGCAUUUUGUGGCUCUCUCGACAAAUUCCGAUGAAGUGAAGAAGUUUGGUAUAGCUGAAGAAAAUAUGUUCGAGUUCUGGGAUUGGGUUGGAGGCCGCUACUCACUUUGGUCUGCGAUUGGUCUGUCGAUUGCUUUGUAUGUAGGAAUGGACAAUUUCAUCCAACUUCUCGAGGGUGCCCAUGCGAUGGACAAACACUUUAAAGAAGCACCCCUACACAAAAACCUGCCGGUUAUUUUGGCAGUUCUAGGCGUGCUCUACAUCAACGUAUACGGCGCCGAAACCCAUGCUAUUCUACCCUAUGAUCAAUACAUGUCACGGUUCGCAGCCUACUUCCAACAGGGUGAUAUGGAGUCCAAUGGGAAAUUUGUUACCCGCGCCAGCAAAGAGGUAGACUACGCGACUGGGCCUAUUGUCUGGGGCGAGCCUGGUACGAAUGGACAGCAUGCGUUCUAUCAGCUAAUACACCAGGGGACACGUCUGAUUCCCGCAGAUUUUCUUAUUCCAGUUCACACGCAAAAUCCCAUUCAAGGAGGUCUGCAUCACGAGAUCCUAAUAUCUAAUUUCUUGGCCCAAACCGAAGCCCUGAUGACGGGAAAGUCGCGCGACGAAGUUCACACGGAACUGUUCAACUCUGGUGUCACAGGCGAAAAGUUGGAAGCACUGAGUCUGCACAAGAGCUUCAAAGGCAACCGCCCAACAAAUUCCAUCGUCUUCUCGCGACUGACGCCGUAUAUGUUGGGCUGUCUCAUUGCCAUGUACGAACACAAGAUAUUUGUCCAGGGCGUUAUUUGGGACAUUAAUUCAUAUGAUCAAUGGGGAGUCGAGUUGGGCAAAGUACUGGCAAAGAAAAUUCAACCAGAGCUCAAAACGCCUGACCCAAUCACCACGCAUGACUCAUCCACGAACGGUCUCAUCAAUUUCAUCAAAGAGGAAAUGAAACGACACUGAUGCCUUUCAUUCCACACGCACUCUGAACAUCCUCUCUAGUCUAGAUUGGCUCUGAUCCUGUUAUCUAUCCAUUUUGGCUGCGCGCGUGCUUUCUAGUUGUUCUGUUAUUUUGAUUUCAUAUUUUCCAGGCCGUGACUGGUUUCUCGCUCCAUUGACCACCGGCUUUGGUUAACGCAAUUUGGUACUAUCUUACCCUCGUAUGUAAUCUUGAAUAUCUGUCCUCAAACGUGCCAAUCUGAUUGUCGCUCAACGACUAGCUCUUACCACUUAAAGAUUCCGCAUAACCUUGUCGGUUGACUUUGACACUGACCGGAAACAUACAACUUGUUCACGAGCGUCAGCCGCAAAGCUGUUUAUGGUGACCCAUCUCCCUCAGGCAGUAGUCCAUACCUGAGCUAACCGUUUCAUCCGGGACACCGUACGAGCUGGCGCAACCGAAACUCGUUGACUGACCUAGAAAGCUCGACUUCGUAUGACAAUCGCUUGGAUGCCCACUUCGAGGAGCCGCCCUGGGUAUCGUCAGACCACUUAUUUUUCUGUCGGCCAUGCACUUUGCUACUAUUCAUAUUCAUUCGUACAAGUGAAAUGAUCGACAAACUGGGAAACCGGAAUUUCUGGGGCUUAAUGUGUGCUUCGUAAUGGGCUGAAUCUUACUGGUGGAAACUCUUGGUUUGUUGCUUCCUUUAUUAAAUGUGAUAACUAGAUUAUUUUUUUACUGUGGGCCGAUUUCAGGGUUUUAUGGGCCGAACGAUAUGCUUUGGUUUUUG